CUUCAGCUUCAGCAACACAGAGCCCCGGUGAAAACAAGCAGUAAUCAGAGACUGCCCUUGCCAAGAACAACACCAAGUGUCGACAUGGCUCCCAGCAUCACUGCUCUCUUCCUCUGCACCUUCCUGCUGUACUGCUGUUCCAAAGCAGCCUAUGGAGACAGCAACUUGGUUGUGGACUGCUGUCUGCGAGUGAGCAACACCCCAAUCCCAAUUAAAAUAGUGAAGAACUACAAGAAACAAGGCCAGCAGGACGGGUGUGACCUCACAGCAGUGGUGUUUACCACAAAGGGAAACAGGAAGCUCUGUGCCCCGCCUAGAGAGCCUUGGGUGAACAGUCUGAUUGACAAGAUUGACAAGAGGAGCCAACUGUGUCGGAACCAUAAACUGAAGAACCGGAUGUGUCUCAACUUUGCUUGAAGAAGCAUAUUUAUAUGUAUCUAACAUGUGGAAGAUGGCAGAAGUUCAAAGAGAUUUGAAGUCUGGCAAAAACUUUCAGCAUCUUGGAUACAGGAAUAACAAUUCAAAAAAGAGAACUGAUGCUUUUUCCAACAGGGUCUGUGUGUUUCAUGUGCUUACAUGGGAACAGAAAAUCAGUGGCUUUUUAUUAAAGUUCUCUUUUCUUAGCUUAAUCAGUAUUCUUAAAAGGCAGCUUCCUAAAAUGUGAUUUUUGUUUAUAAUUAAUAAAUGGCUGUACUUUUUAAAGAUUCUGUAGUUAUAUGUUAUAAUCCAAAUAAGUGGGAAUUAUGACCUUAUAAAAGUCUACCCUUGUAAAUUUGCAUAGUAAUUUGCAAAUGCUUUUUCCAUGGUUAUAUUUUGCAUGUACAAUAGUUUAGCAUGUUUGUAUGUCUUUAUGAAUGUCAGUCUUGAAACUUGGUGUACAGCACUAGAAAAUGUCAAUAGCACUUUGCAUGGCAUGAAUACCCAUGUAAUUACAUUGUUAUAAUUGGGUGAGUACCAAUUAUUUCUGCUCUUACUUAGUGACUACUGUGUGAUAACAUGGAAAUAGUCUUGGGAACAAUAUCUUGUUAGCUGAUGUAAUAACAUGUUAACCCUGUGGUUAUUCCCAUGUAAGCACACUUACCCACCAGUAGUCACCCUUUAAGACCAGAAAACACGAUUAGUUACCAUGUUAUUACUGUGUUAUUGCACAGUUAUGUAUGCCCUUUAAUCGAAAGUGCUACUGAAAUACCAUUCGAUUUGUCAAGUAGGUCCAUCCCAGCUCUUCUGGUCCACUGGUUCUCUCCGGCGAUCUGAGCUGAGGAUCAGCGAUAGAGACUUGUGUUUAUGUCUUAUAGAAAUGCAAUGAUGUCUCUAAAGCAUGUCAUCCGGCUUCCCAAAUCACCGGGCAUUUAGAUUUAGAAAAGCAGGUCUUGCAAUGAAGAAGUGAAUUGACCAGCAGCGGAUGUAGCAGUUUUCCAAAAAGCCCAGUAUUACUGGAGGAAGAUCACUUUGCCAUGCUUUUACACAACCUGUUUUAUAAAGUGCUUUAGGUUAACAUUUACUCAGUGGCUCCUGUGCAAAGUCUUUCACUAUUAUGAUAAAGUUAUAUACAAAAGAAAUAACUAGGAUUAGAGCGACAUUUAAUGUUGCUGUAAAUUUUUUUCUAUAGGGAUGUGUAGUACUUUGGUACAAAAAACUUUUGGUACAUAAAAUCAUAUAUUGUACAGUACUGAUCAAAAUAGAAAAUUACUGUCCAGAGGAAACGUCUGCAGCAAAACCUUUGCACUGCCCACAGGGAACUCAGUUGGAGGCGUAGCAACUCAUUGCGCUAGAGUAAUGCUGAGUUGAGUUCACCACAGUAUUAAGGGAGACAGAGCACUAUCAUAUCCACCGAGUGUGAUCUGUAGAACUAAAUGUUAACACAGGCUGUCUCCAUUGUGUAUGCCACAGCAUUAAUUCAAGGGGUGAAUGGAGAAUUGAAACAGUCUACAAACAGACAUGGGAGCUGGAGAUUUUUAGAAACUUCAUGUUGAAAUUGUAUACACACCACUGUAUUUCCCACAUUGUAUUGAAUGACUAUGUACAAUGAAUGUCUUUCUGUGUUUUUUGUGACGUACAUUAGCAUUCUGUUUUAAAAGCAUGUCCCAUUUGUUUGGAAUGCAUCUCCGUCAAGUUUGCUCUUUUAGAGGGUGAAUGCUGUGUAGCUUUGCAUUGCACAAACCAGCACGAGUAAAGCAAAGCCAGCAAAGACAAUGAAGUUUCUCAAUUAUUUUUGCUUGACGCUCAUUUUAUCAGUACUGCAACACAAUCAACAUAAUGCCAAUGCUACACCAUACAUUGUAAAGCUAUUGAAAACAACAUUUAAGCUUCAGCAAAAUAUUUUUAAAGUUUUUGUUUUUUAAUAAUUUCAUUGUUCCUAUGCAUUUUUGGACUGGACCUGAAUCCUUCUUUUUCAUUUGAUUUUAAUAAAAAUAUUACUCCGUA